UGCUUCCACCUACAAACUCAUCACACUACUACUACACACAAACUCAAACAAGAACAAAAACACAAACACGAACACAAAGUUAGUUUUUUUCUAAAGACAACAAGUUAGAAGAUGGCACCUGAGAUCAAUACCAAACUCACCGGACCUGUCGUCUCAGCCACCGCUUACGGGGGAGAGAAGAGGGCUUACGUGACUUUUCUUGCUGGGAACGGUGACUACGUGAAAGGAGUGGUGGGGCUUGCUAAGGGGUUAAGGAAAGCUGAGAGCAAGUAUCCACUCGUGGUGGCAGUUUUGCCCGACGUACCGGAGGAUCACCGGAAACAGCUUGUUGAUCAAGGCUGUGUUGUUAAGGAGAUAGAGCCGGUUUACCCACCGGAGAAUCAAACCGAGUUUGCUAUGGCUUACUACGUUAUCAACUACUCUAAGCUUCGUAUCUGGAAGUUUGUGGAGUACAACAAGAUGAUAUACUUGGAUGGAGACAUACAAGUGUUCGACAACAUAGAUCAUUUGUUUGAUCUCCCUGAUGGCCAAUUCUACGCAGUCAUGGAUUGUUUCUGUGAAAAGACAUGGAGCCACUCCCCACAAUACAAGAUCGGUUAUUGCCAACAGUGUCCAGAGAAGGUGACUUGGCCAGAGGCCAAGCUUGGUCCUAAGCCGCCUUUGUAUUUCAACGCCGGUAUGUUCGUUUACGAGCCUAACCUCUCCACUUAUCAUAACCUCUUGGAUACUGUCAGAGUCGUGCCUCCCACUCUUUUUGCUGAACAGGAUUUCUUGAAUAUGUACUUUAAGGACAUAUACAAGCCAAUACCAUCAGUUUACAACUUGGUCUUGGCCAUGAUCUGGAGACAUCCAGAGAAUAUAGAGCUUGAACAAGUCAAAGUUGUUCACUACUGUGCUGCUGGUGCUAAGCCUUGGAGAUUUACUGGAGAAGAAGAGAACAUGAACAGAGCAGAUAUCAAGAUGCUGGUCAAAAAAUGGUGGGACAUUUACAACGACGAGUCUCUUGAUUACAAGAACAUUAUUGGAGACGGCCACAAGAAGCAACAGGCAUUUCAGCAGUUCGUCGAAGCUUUGUCCCAAGCCGGUGUGCUUCAGUCCGUCAAAGCUCCAUCAGCAGCUUAAAAGCCAUAUGAUCAUCAAGCUUGUCGCUGCGCUUCUUAUGAUUAAAUAUUGCUUUGGUUUGAAUACUUGUUUAUAGGAAUGAAUAUAUAGUUAUAUUAUAUGAGAUUGUGUUACUAUAUUAUUUUUAUUGGUUUUGGAGGCAUUUUUAUAUCUCUAAAUCAGUUUUUGCUAAAGUAACAAUGCGUCCUGCUAUAUUGUAAAGUAUAUUUUAUAUACAUGAGAAUACAAUGUGUUUAGUUUUCUCC